AUGCUUAAUGUUAAAGACUAUUUCAGGAAAAUACAACCUAGAGGCUGGGUCCUGCCAAUAAGUUAUUUCAAGAGAUGCUGUGGGGGUGACUCCGGGAUUUGGAGGACACCAAGAAGUGGAUUGACUUGGUUCAAUAUCAUUUGGUUUGGCGUCUUUCAAUACUGCUUCGUGAGAGUCUUCAUGACCUUAGUAGCAGUCAUCACACAGGCUAUUGGUAGGUAUUGUUUGGAAUCUCUCAGUCCAGCUUUUGCUCACGUCUGGGUCAUGGUAAUAGAAGGAGGUUGCGUAACGGUUGCGAUGUACUGUCUCAUUCAGUUCUACAUCCAGCUCAGACGCGACCUCGCAGCGCAUAGCCCGUUCCUCAAAGUCGUCGCGAUUAAGCUCGUCAUCUUCCUCUCAUUCUGGCAGACCUUCGUCAUAUCCAGCAUCACCUCCACUGGUGCCAUUAAAGCUUCUAGUCGCAUCCAAACACCCGAUAUCAAAAUCGGCAUUCCUUCUAUGCUUCUCUGCAUUGAAAUGGCAAUAUUCAGCGUCUUUCACCUUUGGGCAUUCCCAUGGAAAGUCUACGAUGUGCGGCGCUCUCAGAUCGUGGCCUCAGAAUCAGCCGCAGGUUUCUUUCCAGAUCCGAAGACGGCUUACCAUGGCGGACCUUUUGGCAGCAAAGCUCUCAUGGACGCUUUCAACCCUUGGGACAUCAUCAAAGCCGUAGGCAGAGGUUUCAAAUGGUUUUUUAUUGGUCGGAAGACACGCACGGAAGAUAUCAGCUACAAGAAUUCCGCUCAAGGAACAGGUCUCGAGCCUACGAGAAACCAGAUCACGGCUUUCGAGACUGGCAACCAUUCGUUUGAUGGCUCUCAUCCUUUUGUGCAGGUUGGCAAACCAGCUAGAUAUCAACCGCUUUCUGAAGAAGAGGAUUCCGACCGCUUGCUUGCACACGCGCAAUCGAACCCAGAAGUGCCUUACCCUCGCCCCAUGGAACGCCUCCCUCAUCUCAACGCUGGUGGUGACAUAGGCACUAUGGGAGUAUAUGACCCUCCUACUCCGCACGCCCCACCAUACCCUACCACAAGGCAUCAAGAUCCAGGACAAGAAUAUGGCGUUGCUGAUGAGAGGAGUCUCGGGGAAGAAGAUACCGGUUAUCAUGGUGCAAGAGGCAGGGUGACACCUGUACCACCCCCGGACUCGCAUCCUUUAGGCCCGCCGGGAGGGAGGGGUAAUGAGAAUGAGUGGAACAUGUGGGGCGGGGCACGAGAAAACGAGCGGGAUCUCGGCGGGGACCAUGGGAUUGGUGACAACAGGUUCUAG